AUGGAUGCUCCAUGGCGUCAAGGUGGCCGAGGUCGAGCAAGAGGUCGAGGUAAUACUGUCAAUGGAGGACCAUCUCCAGCUCCAGGCCCAGCAGCUGCCAGAAAUGCUGCUUAUUCAAGAGAAGAUGUAAAUAGUGUAUCCAGACCUGGUCCUGGAAGAGGGAACGUUUCCUAUGCUUCCGUAAGCAAGCCCUUGAAUGCACUGCACACAAGUGAAGUUAAUGUGAAUAGCUCUAAGAAGAAGUUUGAAGAGAUCCAGAGAGCCAACCAGGCAGUAGUAAGAAAGAUUGUAGAAGACAAUUAUAGCUCAUCAGAUGAAGAUGAUGAAGAGAUGAAGAUGCUGAAGGGAAACAGAAAAAAAUAUUAGAUUUAACAUUUACAACCUAUACUAACCAAACAGAUGGCGAUGUCAGUGAAUUGGCACGCACCAAACAGUACAUGAGCGAGGCUUUUCAGUCUGGAGCUGUGACUUGCUUGAUAUGCAUUGCUUCAGUGAAGAGAAACCAAGCUGUUUGGAGCUGCUGUGCCUGUUAUUGCAUAUUUCACAUGCCGUGCAUCCAGAAGUGGGCCAAGGACAGCAUAUUCCUUGUGUCUUCUCCACUCACAGAUGAUGACUUUGAAAAGAAAGAUUACCCUUGGCCGUGCCCGAAGUGUCGAUAUGAAUACAAACGAUCCCAGACUCCUGCAAGAUAUUACUGCUAUUGUGGUAAAGUAGAAGACCCACCACUGGACCCAUGGCUUGUACCUCAUUCUUGCGGCCAAGUUUGUGAAAGAGAAUUUAAACCAUCAUGUGGUCACAAAUGUUUGCUCUUGUGCCAUCCAGGACCUUGCCCACCUUGUCCAAAGAUGGUCACCAUCACUUGUUUUUGCAAGAAGGCAAAGCCUAUUCCACGCAGGUGCAGUGCCAAAGAUUGGUCCUGUCAGCAGUCAUGUGGGAGAAUGCUGUUGUGUGGGCAACACAAGUGUGAAAAUCCUUGUCAUAAAGGAGACUGUCUACCAUGCCCCAGAGUCAGCAAGCAAAAAUGUCUUUGUGGAAGAAAGGUUGCUGAACGACUGUGUGCAAGUCCAACCUGG